AUGUCUGAAUACGAUGACUACGAUGGCCAGGAGGAUACAUUCGAAAACGACUAUACCAUGGACGAUUACCAUGGUGAUGAAGAUGAGGAUGACAUUGACUUGAAUCAGCAGGACUACGAUGCAGAAGGGCCGGGUGAUGCAGCGGUAGCCGGAACAGCUGAUGGAAAUAUAGUGGUGCUUCCUAAUGGAGUUGAUGGAGGAGUGCAGAUGGAUGUAGAAGAUGGCAUUGGAAAGGCAAAAGAGAAAGUAACAACACCAUAUAUGACCAAAUACGAGCGAGCAAGGAUACUUGGCACACGCGCAUUACAGAUCAGUAUGAGCGCCCCCAUAUUGGUUGACCAUGGUAAAGAGACAGAUCCGCUCGCAAUAGCACGAUUAGAAUUAAAAGCAAAGAAGAUCCCUCUUAUGAUUCGUCGAUUCUUACCGGAUGGUAGUUAUGAGGAUUGGCAUGUGAGAGAGUUGAAGAUUCCUGAAGAACAGGAGCAAACUAGAAUGGAAAUUUACAAAGAGGAAUUGUAUAAGGAGGGUGUUAGUACGUAUGAACCAAAGGAUGAACGUGGGAAUCCACUGCCUAUCAUAUAA